GCAGAUUUAAUUAUUGUAAAUUUCAAUGUGCUAAAUAUUAAUUAAAAUGAUUUUUAAAAACCUUAAUCUAAUAGUAUUGUCUAUGUAUUUAAUUUUACAAUCUUCGUACGGUGAAGAUAAUACCAAAUGUGUUCAAGAUAGUUCUUCCGAAUAUAUCUUAACUUCUUUCACAAGAAUACCUGACGAUAAGUAUGUUUCUCUUACAAGUGGCAAAACACUAACCUAUUUCAACUGGUACCAAGGCCAACCAAAUGGCGGAAAAGAAGAAUGUAUUGCUCUAUACCUAAAAAAUUCUGAAUUACAAUGGCAUGAUGUGUCGUGCUGGAACAAAUAUUAUUUCAUUUGUGAAGUUGUUUGGACAAAUAGAGAAGAAGAAUUGUUGCAUGUUUUAAAUACUACGCUCCAAAAACAAAUUGAUAUCGAGCAUAAUAUUAGGACUCAUUGUAAUCUACCUUUGUUUUUAGAAUUAUUUGGUUUAAGAGAUACAAUACCAACAUUAAAUUUAUAUCACAGAGUAAACAAAAGCUAUUACAUCGGUAAUAUUUUUAAAGGCAAUGUAUUGCAUGCCGAACAAUUCUGUAGAUACCACGACAUGAGUUUGGUGAAUAUAGAAACGCAAGAAGAGAACAACUUUUUGGAAGAAAAACUACUUGAAGCAGAUAGUUCGGGCGAAGAAUUCUGGACAUCAGGUACCAAAAUACCAGAUUCCCGUAAAUGGAUUUGGUUUACCACGGGUAGGAAGAUAUCUUACUUUAAUUGGUUAAAGGGACAACCGGACUCAAAUAAAAAUUCUCAAUGCAUAGAAGCUCAAGUUACUAAUGAUCAAUUACAAUGGAGUAGUAAAGAUUGCUGGAAAGAAUACUAUUUUAUAUGCGAAGCAGCCAGAUUACCUGAUUUAUCACGUGUGGAAUAUAGUUAAUCUCAAAAUAGGAGAUACUAUACAGCACUUUCAAUGUCGAACCGAAGAAAGAUAAUAAAAAGGAAAAAAAACAACGGC